CACCGACCUUGACUUCGAAACUCGCGCAGUAGCUUCCCCUCGUCUUCGAUUGCCAAUGCCUCGGGGGGCGGAGGCGAACCCACUCCUCCCUCCCUCGUUUUCCUCUUCCCCAUAGCGACUACCAACCACAUUGCCGCUCUUCCGUCCCUCCCCGGAGCCCUAGCCGCCGUCUCCCGCUGCAGCACCGGUCUAGGUAUCGUAUAAGGUAAGCCUUUUACUCCCUUUCUUUUGUCAAUGUUUUGCAGCGCUGAAAGCCGAUCUUUAUAUCGGUAUCCCGGUUUUGUUCCCCGGCCGAUCCCGACGCGGAUCUGCGGAUCUUUCAGGCCCCUGGUUGGCCGCUGCGAAUUACAACAGUAAAGUUGAGUGUUUGACUUCAAGCCUAAGCAGAUGACUAAGCAAAGGUAUUGUCACAUGAGGGAAUAAGGAUGGCAUUCAUUUAUAACUAUCACAUGUUGAUUAUCGUCCUCUCUUUGGCAUCAACUUUAUUACUUGUGUCUUGUGGAGAAGAUGAUUAUUUCCACUGUGAAAGUGUUGUCAGAAAUUGGGUAGAAUAUUCAAGUGAAGAUAAAACAAAAGAAGGCGAGUUAACACUAAAGGAUUUGCUGUUUUUUCUGCAUGUUCCAAGAACUGGUGGACGGACAUACUUCCAUUGCUUUUUGAGAAAGCUUUAUACAAGUGGUCAGGAAUGCCCUCGUUCCUAUGAUAAAUUACAUUUUGAUCCAAGGAAACCAAAUUGCAGUUUGAUGGUUACUCAUGAUGACUAUAGUUUGCUGUCCAAACUGCCUAAGGAUAGGACCUCAGUUGUAACAAUCUUUAGGGAUCCAGUUGAUCGUGUGUUCAGCACAUAUGAGUUUUCUGUGGAAGUCGCAGCUAGAUUUCUUGGUCAUCCAAAUUUAACUUCAGCAACCAAGAUGUCUGGACAAAUACACCGCAAGUCUCGUGGUGUCAGUACAUUGGAUAUAUGGCCAUGGAAAUAUCUAGUUCCUUGGAUGAGACAGGACUUGUUUGCCCGGCAAAAUGGUGUACAGAGGGAUACUAGAGAACUUGGGAGACCUAGAAAGAUAAAAGAAAUCACCAAUCCCUAUGACGUGGAAGAGAUUGUCAUGCCCCUACAUGAGUUCAUUAAUGAUCCCAUGGCUCAUGAGAUCAUUCACAACGGAGCAACUUUUCAAGUAGCAGGACUAACGAACAACUCAUGUAAGGUAGAUUCACAUGAUGUGCGUAAUUGUGUACAGAAACACCCAGAACUUGGCCAUUUUGUACUUGAAGUUGCAAAGCGUAGGUUGAAUCAUAUGCUAUAUGUUGGCCUCACUGAAGAGCACAAGAAAUCUGCCACCUUGUUUGCUAAAUUGGUUGGAGCACAAGUUCUCUCCCAGUCAGAAGCCUUGAACUCUGAUUUCAAGCAGGCAAUAUCCAACAAAACUGGACCAACUUCUUUUCCAGAUCCCAAAGCUAAGGGGUCAAACCAGUUUGAGGGUAGCACCAACAUUAGAAAAGACAGUGAAGUUCCUUCUCCAACACAUUUUGAACUGACAAGAGAAAAUAUGUCGGUUGGAACGUUGAUGGAGAUCUAUGAAUCAUGCAUUUCUACUUUACGAAAAUCUCAAGCAUCUCGCCGUACUAUGUCUCUGAAAAGGGUUGCUCCUGUAAACUUCUCAAAGCAGGCACGCGUUUCUGUUCCUAUGACGGUUCUGCAGCAAAUCCAACAUCUGAACAAUCUUGAUGUGGAACUUUACAAACAUGCUCAAAAUAUAUUCAUGCUGCAGCAAAAACAUCUCAUGCAAAAUGCUGAAGACAUUUUUGUUCAACCAGAUGGAGACCUGAUGGCUGAAGUGGAACCGCAGAAGGCUGCUUCUGGCAGCUUCUACAGAUGUUUACCAUGGAGGCUCUUCUUAGCCAUUGCGUUGCUCAUGAUUAUCGUUCUUAUCGUGCUGGCCACAACUACAAGCAGAAGAACCGAAAAACUUAAGAUAUAGUGAUAGAGAAUGACAACUGCAUAACCUUGUUCAUGUUGACACUAAUAGCUGGGUGGAAAGGUUUUGUGGGUUAGGAGAUGACACAACAAAGGCCAGAUUGGUGAGGAUUUAUGCUUACGGAGUGGCAGAACCACACAACUCCUGCAGCAGAAAUUUAGAGAAGCAUGCAGUGUAAUGACAGGAUUUAACAUUAUUUUGUGCUGCAGGCAGCUUGUUUGCCAGCAGCCUUGUGUGAGAUUUUGUUCAAGACAUAUGAAUACUUAGAACAAUGUUGCUCAUGUCAACAUCAAGUUCAACACAUAAAUGGUGAUGACCAUGGUGUAGCCUGUGUUCCUCAAAUACUUGCAGAAAGGUCAGUGUUUGUUUGUGGACACAUUUUUAAUGAUCAUGGAAUACUUGCAACUCA